CGGGCUGCAUCACGCUUGAACCUUGCUGCCUCGCUACUCAUGGUCGACGACAAGGAAACACUAUCUACUGCGGAUGACUUUGCCAACUAUAUUGACUCGGUCAUUGGGCAACUGCAAUCAAAAAUGGAUGGCGUAUCAAAGCAGAUGAACGAAAAAUUUGAUAGUAUGAAUACACGAAUCGAUGAAUUGGAACGAACAUUGAAGGAUGUACUGAAACAGGCGGAAGAGUCACAAUCAAAUCACACUGCAGAGAUACCAAACAAACAGGAAUAAACCCUUCAGAAAAAAACAGCAUGUGAAGACUUUCUUUUUCAAACAAAAAAUCAAGAUAGAAACCA